ACAAGGAAGCAGUAAGCUGUGCCAGGCCGGCGCAGCGGUUCAUAGUGGAGUUAACCGUUGGUGAGGGAGUCCUACUGCGAGCGCCAGGUCUCCGAAGUAGCAAGGCACUUUCAGUUUUGGCCACUACUGCUCUGCUGGUUCUACUCGCUGAAGUUUGAAGUCGGGUCAUCUACGGGCGCGGGCCUUGCCAAUCCAGUGCAAUGGAGAGCGGCGGGAACGCGUCCGGGUCCGUGCGUGGAGCCGGUCGAGAAAAGAAGAAAGGCAAGAAUGCUGACGAGCCUUCGGUGACUGCGGCAGCAGGAGAGCCAGGUGGAAGCGGCGGCGGCGGCGGGAAACCGCGGAAAUUCAACUUGAAGCGUGUAAUGGCAGAUGAGCUUGAGAGAUUCACCAGUAUGAGGAUAAAGAAGGAGAAAGAAAAACCCAAUACAACAUAUAGGAAUUCAUCUACUUCAUGCUCAGAUAUUUCAGGGUCAGGUCAGACGUUGCAGGAUAUCUCUGAUGAAGAUGUGCUGGUUCUCUUUGAGCAGAUGCUGGUGGAUAUGAAUCUAAAUGAAGAAAAGCAGCAGCCUCUAAGGGAGAAAGACAUUAGCAUCAAGAGAGAAAUGGUGUCUCAGUACCUGCAUACUUCCAAAGCUGGCAUGAGUCAAAAGGAGAGCUCGAAAUCUCCUAUUAUGUAUAUUCAGGAACUAAAAUCUGGUGUUAAAGAUGCACAGCUCCUUGGAUGUUUGGAGUCUCUACGUGUGUCACUCAAUAACAAUCCUGUCAGCUGGGUGCAAAAUUUUGGAGCUGAAGGUCUGAAUUGCUUGCUGGACAUAUUGAAAGGACUUCAUGAUGAAAAGGACGAGUUUUCUGGGUCAUAUGACUUCAGGAUUGAACAUGAAAUUGUUAGAUGCUUAAAAGCUUUUAUGAACAACAAAUAUGGAAUUAAGACAAUGCUUGAAACAGAUGAUGGGAUUCUACUUUUGGCAAAAGCAGUGGAUCCUAAAGUCCCUACAAUGAUGAUUGACGCUAUCAAGCUACUCUCUGCUCUCUGCAUUUUGCCUCAGCCUGUGGAUAUGCACGAGCAAGUUUUGGGAGCAUUAACUGAACGUGCAGAAAUGGAUGAAGUAGAACGAUUUAAGCCCAUUGUGGAUGGCCUGAAAAGUGGAACUUCGGUAGCAUUAAAGGUAGCUUGUCUACAGUUAAUCAAUGCUCUAAUCAUCCCAUCAGAUGAGCUUGAUUUCAGAGUACACAUCCGCAGUGAAUUAAUGCGCUCUGGACUGCAGCAUAUUCUCAAGGAACUACAUGCUCAAGACAAUGAGGAGCUGAAACUACAGCUGCAGGUAUUUGAAGAAUAUGGUGAAGAAGAUUCUGCAGAACUCAGAGGCCGCUUGGAAGACAUUCGAAUAGAAAUGGAUGAUUUCAACGAAAUCUUUCAGAUUCUCAUAAAUACAGUAAAGGAUUCUAAGGCAGAACAACAUUUCCUCUCAAUUUUGCAGCACUUUCUGCUAAUCCGCAAUGAUUAUGAGGCCAGGCCUCAAUAUUUUAAACUAAUUGAUGAGUGCAUUUCACAGAUAGUUCUGUUCAGGAAUGGCGCUGACCCAGACUUUAAGCGCAAACACUUUGACUUCAAUGUUGAGGCCUUAAUAGAUAACUUGAUUGAUCAAACUAAGGUGGCAAAAAGUGAAGCUAAAACCCUGGAAUUGGAGAAGAAGCUGGAAUCUGAGUUAACUGCACGUCAUGAAUUACAAGUUGAAAUGAAGAAGAAAGAAAGUGAUUUUGAGGAAAAAAUUCAAAAUUUACUUCAGGAGAAAGAAACAGUGGCAGCUGAGAAACAGCGUAUUACCUCAGAGAAGCAAAACUUACAAAUUAAUAGCUCUUUGUUGAGUGAUGAGAUUGCUCUACUAACCAAAGAACUUGAAGAUCUUAAGAAGAAAAUGGAGCAUGUCAUUUCAUCUACGGCUUUCCCAUCACAGCUACCAUUACCUACUGGGACAGAAAGUCACCAAACCACUUCAUCCCUUUAUUCACAAACUGUUUCCCCUCCUCCUGCUCUACCUGGGAUGCCAGGGCCUCCCUCUCCUCCUCCUCCUCCUCCUCCUCCUCCCCCCCUCCUGCCUGGGAUGUCAGGGCCACCUCUUCCUUCCCCUGUGCCUGGGAUGCCACCUCCCCCACCCCCUCCCCUACCUCCUCUACCUGGAAUGCCUGGGUUGCCCCCUCCGCCACCACCUCUGCCUGGUAUGCCAGGGUUGCCCCCUCCCCCACCACCUCUGCCUGGAGUGCCAGGGUUGCCCCCUCCACCACCACCUCUGCCUGGUAUGCCAGGGUUGCCCCCUCCACCACCACCUCUGCCUGGUAUGCCAGGGUUGCCGCCUCCACCACCACCUCUGCCUGGGAUGUCAGGGCCACCCCUUCCACUUCAAUUUGGGAUACCAAUGCCGCCACCUCCUCCCACUCUAUCUGGUUUUGGAAUGAUGGCAAGCCCAACUCUUCCAUUUGGAUUGCCUCCCAAGAAGGUUUACAAACCAGAAGUUCAACUUAGGAGAACUAACUGGUCCAAGAUUACAGUACAGGAAUUAUCUGAAGACUGUUUCUGGGUGAAAGCUAAGGAGGAUCGUUAUGAGAACGAUGAUCUUUUUGCCAAGCUAACACUUUGUUUCUCAACUGCACAGACCAAAUCAAAAAAGCAACCUGAGAGUGGAGAGGAAAAGAACCAAGCUAAGAAGAAAGUCAAGGAGCUGAGAGUGCUAGAUUCAAAAAAUGCUCAGAAUCUUUCAAUUUUUUUGGGCUCCUUUCGCUUGCCUUAUGAGGAAAUCAAGAAUGCCAUCUUGGAAGUAAAUGAAGCUGUGUUGACUGAAUCCAUGGUACAGAAUCUGAUUAAGUUAAUGCCUGAAGCAGACAAAUUGAAGAUGAUUGCAGGACUGAAAGAAGAAUAUAAUGAACUAGCUGAGUCUGAGCAAUUUGGAAUUGUGAUUAGUUCGGUUUCCCAUCUGCUAUCAAGACUCAAUGCUAUACUCUUCAAGCUACAGUUUAAUGAACAGGUAGAAAACCUAAAGCCAGAUAUUGUUGCUGUUACAGCAGCCUGUGAGGAACUUCGCAAUAGUGAGAACUUUGGUAGUCUUCUCUCCAUUAUCCUCCUUGUGGGCAACUACAUGAAUUCUGGCUCCAUGAAUGCUGGUGCCUUUGGAUUCAACAUUAGUUUCAUUUGCAAGCUUCGUGACACAAAGUCAACUGAUCAGAAGAUGACCUUACUUCAUUUCUUGGCAGAAACAUGUGAACUGCAAUAUCCAGAUAUCCUGAAUUUUCCUGAUGAACUCAUCCAUGUGGAGAAAGCUUGUCAAGUUUCUGCUGAAAUUUUGCGGAAAAAUCUGGACCAGAUGAACAAACAGAUUUCGGAUCUACAGCAUGAUGUUAACAAUUUUCCCAGUAGAACAGAAGAGAAGGACAAAUUUGUGGAGAAAAUGACCAGCUUUGUUAAGGAAGCCCAAGAACAGUAUGAGAAGCUACGAAUGAUGCAUGCAAAUAUGGAAAACCUUUAUAGGGAAUUAGGACAAUACUUCCUCUUUGAUACCAAUAAGAUAUCUGUUGAGGAGUUCUUCACAAAUCUGCGCAAUUUCAAAAAUAUGUUUGUGCAAGCUGUGAAGGAGAAUCAGAAAAAGCGUGAGAUGGAGGAGAAGAUGCGCAGAGCUAAACUAGCAAAAGAAAAAGCAGAGAAAGAACGUCAAGAAAAGCAAAAGAAGAGAGAACAACUGAUUGAUAUGAAUUCAGAAGGAGAUGAAACAGGAGUUAUGGACAGCCUACUAGAAGCCUUACAGUCAGGUGCAGCCUUCCGUAGAAAAAGAGGACGAUGUCAAGGUAUGGUUUUGCUCAAAUGUCUUCAAAGCAAGUAUGAAAUAAUCGUUUUUCUUAGCACCAUUGUGAACCAACUCUAG